AUGAAGUUGAAUGGUGAUGGUUCCUGGUAUACUCAGAGAAGUAACGCUGCGUGUAGGGGAGUGUUCAGAGAUUCGGCUGGGAGGUUCUUGAAAGGAUACUCCUGCAAUUUGGACAAUUGUUCAAUUAUGCACACAGAGCUGUGGGCAAUCAUAUACGGGCUGAACAUUGCUACAACGAACGGCUACCAAAACCUUAUUGUGGAGUCUGACUCGGCUGCUGCUAUCAUCUUCAUCAAUCAUGGAUGUUCCCCAACUCAUCCAUGUGCAGCAUUGAUUCAGGACAUCCGUAACUUGGCUGCACGCAUUCAACAAAGCUCUUGGAGGCAUUCGCUUCAUGAAGCAAACUCGGUGGCAGAUCUUCUUGUCAAGAAGGGACAAGACCCCCCCUUGGAUUACACCUCUUUGACAGUGCCCCCACGGACAUUAGCUAUGCUCUGCUGUGUGACUGCUUAG